UGCCCCGCACAAAAAAACACCCUUCCACCAGCUCCUCUUCUUCUAUGUAUUCAGUUGCGUGAAUCCAAAUUUGUAUGCUAUUUUUGUGAGUGUAGGGUCGCAGAAAUGAUCCUUGAUUCAACAUGCUCCUGGGAGGUCGUAUUCAGUACCUUAAUCGCGUGUGUGAGACACUACAAAAUCGAUGUUGGAAGAUGAAAACGUGGUAUGAAGAGGCGCAUCAAAGCUGGCAUCAGACAUAUGCAGCAAAUGACAGUGCGGUGACCUAUUUACUGCAACGAACCACGACUUCUCCUCACGAUCCUCACAUCUUCUAUCUUCCUGAAAUUCAUCCCAUACUGGAUAUCUCCAUACCAAUGCCAGGCUACCUGAAGGUGAAGAUAGUGGAGAAAUAUGCAUAGCUAAAGCAUGGCUUUGUCGAUUAAGCGGUGAAUGAUAUUAUACACAUUUGUUUCCAAAGCGCAUAGGGUUUACGGGUUUUCUUUUCUGCCGAGUUAGGUCGCCACUAUGUGGCGGUCAAACUCAAACAUGUUCAUACUUAACUUUUUAUGAUUGUGGUCAUGAUGCUCAUAGAUCAGAUAAGUAAAACCUAACGUCGUGCUACGUAGAUGACUUGGUGUACUACCUCCAGGUUGUAUAGACACUACAUAGAUGUUUAUUUUUGACGACUUCACUUACACUUUCUUCACUUUCUUCACUUUUUAAGCUUCAAGGAAAAGAUGUCUUCCGCCGCGAUGGAGCACCCUCCACAAGGAGAGCAACUACACGCCUCCAGAGCAGCUGCCGAACAAGAACUACAUCCUGCAGAACAGGAUGAGCAACAGGAAUUGGAAGCCCUCUUCGGUUCUAGGUUGUUGCCUCCAAGUUUCGCUUAUUCUGGCAUGUUGAUGGAAGGCUUCGAUCCAGCCAGGUUAACGAACUUGGUCCCACCGGAGAAUAAGACCAACUACAGAGCAAAAAAUUUUCAGAAUCCGAUGGAUGCGAUCAAAAGGGCAAGCGACUGGCAAGAAGUAGUGGAAUACACAAGAGAUAGAUGGAAAAGUUAUGGAACACAUGGCUGUUUGAAUGUGAUUCUUCUGUAUUUGUUUCUGACUGACAUUAGAACAUGUUGGUCCAGUUGUGACUUCGCCGUACUAAGAAAAGAAAGCGGAUAUUACGAUGCAAACAAGAUCGCCAUGUUGAAUUUUGAAGAUGAACAGCCGUUGUGACAACUAAGAGUCUUCUUCUUUCGAUACAGAAGAUGAUACAACAAUUAUAUUCUCCUUGUUUCUCUAAGUUCAUUGUUGCGACUAACACUAAAACUAAUGGUUGUUCCUUAUGUUGUCCAAGAACAUAAUUCCUCUUCUAAUCCUCGCGAAAGAUGAACAACCCACCGGGAACCUCGUAUUCUUCGCUGUUAUCCACCGGCCGUUUGUCGCAGGGCCUGUACUUCACCAACCUCUACAACGCGGUGAAGAGGAAAGAAAUUCUCACGAAAAAGAGAAGAGGGGCUUUGAAGAGGAAACUCAAGGACGGUAGUUUAUUAAUAUUAGUCAUGACAGUGACGGACCGUAUUAAUAUUAGUCACUGACGGUAUUAUUAGUCAUGCUGGGGUAGUCAUGCCUCAUGCGUACUAAUACUAUGUAUAACUAUUAGUCAUGCUGGGGUUUCCUAUUCCUUUGUGUGUGUUGCAUUGAAGGAAGCCUUGUUCCUGAGUAUAGUACGUUAUUGUUCGGAAAGUCAAAUUAUAGAUCCUGAGCUACUUUUUCUUGAUCUACAACUUCCUGAGCUUCGGUUCCUCCCAUGAUUUACAACUCUUCAUAUUUUACAUCUCAUAUCUCCUCCACCAUGAUCUCCCCCACAUCAGAUUCCGAGGACGACUGGUCUUCCGACAGUGAGUGUCAUCCUGGCUAUGAUCCCAUCAUCGGUGGCGGCCGUGAUGACGACGACGUCCGCUCCCAUGCUGCCAGUAGUUUCCACGAACCUGAGAGUCCGGUCGAUAGAUCGUCCCCAGCCGACUGGGACUUCUCAAAAUCCCCACGUUCCGAAGGCCACGAAUCUGUUAGAGGAGACUCAGGCUCCGAUGCAGGCUUGAGCAUCAUCGCGGCAGGCAAGUUGAAGCGAGAUGGAAGGGCAUUCAGGACCGAAAAGGCCUUGGCCGAGCAGAACAACAAGGCAUUGAAGCCGGAGGAUCAAGUGUUCGUGAUCAAUCAGAACACGCCGAAUCGAUUCAGGGAAUUGCUGGAUGUUGGUAUUAAAACAUCUUCUUCUUCUUCUUCUUCUUCUUCUGAUUGACGUUGGUUACUGUUAGAUAGAGGUCGUGGUUCUCCUUCUCUAUUAAUUUUUUAAACUUUUUCAGUCGCUCUCUUGAUGACUAUAACAAGGACGGAUAAUGAUCGUGAUCCCACAUCGAAAGAAUAUAAGCAUCCUCCAUCAACCUCCUCCUCCCUUACCUGUUGCAUCAUCCACUCCCACAGCCCGCGAAGACUUGCAGCAAGUGGAUGGUCAGAUGACGAUUUUUGUUCCCGCCAAAGCCACUUCUCUUCUCAACCUGGUGAACGCCGAGACCUUCUUCGUCGAGGGCAAGUUUCGUGCCCUCAGCAAGGAAGAAAGACGCAAUUUCGGUCGUCGUAAGCCGGUCGCUUUCUCGCGUCAGAUCGGCGGUCGCCAGUUCUCCAUUCGCGUUGUGGACAGCGUGAAGCACGUGCAGCAUUGGAAAACGGUUUGCGCUGUUUUCAUUGAUCCCGCAGUCGAAAAGGACUGGACCCUGGACGAUUGGCCGUUUGCGCAGCACGUGCAACUGUUUGCGGCAGUGAGAGGGUUUGCUCUCAGUCAAACCGGCGCACCGAUCAAGAAUCCUCUGUGUAAGAACUGUGAUGUCCGCACAUUGAACGUGGAGGAGCACUUGCGACACAAGGACUUCCAGAUCCAGAGUGCUUUUUGGCGAGAUUUGGACACGUUUUUGCAAAGAAGAUCGCACAUGGCUUAUUAUUAUGGCACGGCACCAAGAAGGGUUGUUCAUCUUCGAGGAUAUCUUCGACCUUUGAGGAUCAUAUUUAUACACUGAGGAUAUCUUGGACCUUCGAGGAUAUCUUCGACCUUUGAGGAAUAUACUUACUGAGGAUAUUGAGGAUCAUAAGGACACUCAAUAGGAGAAUACUAAAAACUUCGUGUUCUUUUUUCCCCUUUACAGAUUUUCGCUUCUUUAUCCCUUUACAGAUUUUCGCACAUUCCUGAAUUCUAAUUUGCCCAACCGCGCGUGAAGCUGAAAGCAUUCCUGGAGCGUGAGAAGAAGCAGAAGGAAUUCAUGCAACGCGGUGCUGGUGUCGGUGCCGCUGGCGCUGGUGCUGUGAACCCAGCUGGUGCUGCUCUGAGGGCUAGACCCAUGCUGCGAGACCGUAUCCAGCGGGAACAGCAGGCCUUGCAAGAGAAGGAACAUUAAGGCUCAGCUUUCAAUGGUCACCAUUUAGAUUGGAGUCACUGAGAUCGAAGUGGUCACCAUUUAGAUUGGAGUCACUGAGAUCGAAGAAGCGACUUCCCCUUGAGAGGAGAACAGGGGAAAAGGAUUAGAGAACCAACUACAGGGGAAAACUAUUAAGGGACAAAGGGGAGAGCUUUGAAGGGAGUCUCUUCCGUUCAGCAUCAUGAUGACCAUUGAGUGCUGAGCUUUAAGAACAAGAGGCAAGGGACAAGUACUUGUUUGGGAUCACAACUCUUGGGGCAGAGAAGAAGGAGAAGGAACUAAAGGAUCAAUUGCUGGAUCAUGUUGGGGAUGCGAAUCAUCUUAUGGAAGGUUUAUUAGUACAGAGUUGUAGUUUAAUAUAGAACGGAUGGCGCAUGGAGUGCAUGGAGCGCAGAGCUUUAAGGGGCGCAAGAAGCUCCCCCUUUAGCUCCAUGCUACUCCAUGCGACCCAUGCACUUCAUGCCAUGCGAGCUGUGAAACCUUAUAAAUUGCGCUGUUAUUAGUAGUUUUUCCUCUUCUAUUCUAAGCUACUUAGGUCUUUGAUCCCCUCACGCAAUGCAGGUUAUUAGUAGUUGUUGAUAGUACCUGUACUAAGUUGUGCACGUGCAGUCGUAUCCUGGGUACUAGUUGGUAAGCACGACUUACAAGAACUCAAACUCGGUAGCAUUUCUUUCACUGCUGCUUCAACAUGAUUCAACUUCUAGGACUUCUCCUCUUGCUUCUAAUUUCCCCGACCGCAACGGGCAAUUAGCCCUCACCGACACGACCCAAGGUGGAGCGCGUAUGAUGACACGUUUAGAAGCCUUAGGUGGUGCGGAUCCCUCUGGCGUUCGUCGCGUGGAAUUUCACAAGGCGGUGAAACGGGACCCACAGACUGGUAAGAUUGCAGCACAGCUCAGCUACGCAGUGGCGAAGGAACAAAGCCAAGAUCAUAGUGCUGACGGUAAGCCUGCGGAGGAGGAGGAUGACGCAUCCAAUAUCGACUUGGCCAGAGCAACCAGACAAAUGUGGCCGAUCUCUGGAAGGGUACUUUUGGUAAAUAGAACCUUAAUUUGAUCAUAAGGGAAAACAUCAAGAAGAGAACCCGCCUUGCGAUCGAAUUCAGGUUAUCAAAUACCGGAGCCAUUUUUCAGUCAGGAGCUCACGCUCCUCCUGAUCAUGGUGAGGUGGAUGAAGGUCAGAAACUUUGUUGCAGUUCGACUGUGAUUCGAAUUCCAAAAGAUGAUAAAAUAAUAAAACUAUAAAUACAUCAUCUAGUACAAAUAAAUCUACAAAUACAACCGAACAGGGCAAGGGCAAGGGUCUUUCAACAGAAGAGAGGGAUCGCCUCAGGUUGGAACAGCUUGAAAAGGAGGAUAUGGAGGAGCUCAAGAAGAUCAAGACUAAGGUAUUUAGAUUAGCCUCUUCCUGUUUAGAGAUGAGGAUUUACAGUGGGAGGUUUUCCUCAGUUUUGCAGCCAUGUAGUUUUCCCUUAUUUCCGCCAAAAUAUUCUAACAGCUGCAGCAGCUAAAGCUAUCUUUUCCUUUUAUAAUCUCUUCGCAUAAUCAUGAUUAGUAUUCAUAUGCACCCGCUCUUCCUCUUAUUUAUUAGUAUUCAUAUGGACCUCUACCACCUAUACGUAUAUUUAUCAUAUGCACAGAGGACCUGACUCUCUUCUACAACACGCCCCUUUUCUUCGACAACCACACAGAUCGUUGCCGAGUGGGUUCAAACCUAUUUGUUGGAGCAUAAGGGUAUCUCCAAGAAGGGAGAUGUCUUGUUUCAAAAGGCAUUCGAAGAACAAUUUGACCGGGAUGAACCUUUGGAGACAUUUACCAAAGGAUAUAGGAUGAAGGUAUUUUUUGUAUUAAGUUUAUUUGUGUUGUUGUUUGCAAGGGUACAAGAACUUCGUCUCAGGGCCCGUCUGUAGGUCUGGGGACAACGAACCGUCUAUCCUUCUCCUAAUAUGUAGCCGAACCUCCUUCAGCCGGUAAGUAACCAAACAAGAAUAACCCUUGUUUUCUUGUUGCAUCCCACCACCAUUUUUAGUGUUUUUGACUGAGGAUAGACUUGAACUAAGGAUGAAUGUUUCUGGUAUUUUUGGUAUAGCCUGAAUUUGAUCAUAUUAAGGGAAAACAAGAAGAGAACCCUUAGGAUCAAACUCAGGUUAACAAAUACCAGAACCAUACAAAGGACCAAAUAACAACUACAGGCCCUGACCAAGCAUCGUAUCCGGUGGGUGGACAACCAUCAAUAUCUUUCUGACGCUACCGAAAUCUACGAACGAAAAACCGCUAUGAGCGCUAUUGAGUGGGAUAGAAUGAAUUCUACUGCGCAAGAUGAGGGUUCAUGGUCGAACUGGAAGGAAGGCGACUGGAACAAUAAGGGCUCUGACUGGAACAGUUCCUGGAAAAAAGACGAUUGGAAAUGGGACUACGAUAAAAAUGGCUGGGUUCUGGUUCAUUAUGGAAGAAAACAAGGUUUAAUACUAAAGAAACGUACAUGAUAAAUUCAUUAAUAUAUUUAUAUUACUAGAACAAACUCCAGUACGGUAUGAUACAUAAGUAACACCAAGUACUAGGCAUGAUAUUAAACAUAACAACAUAACAACAUUGCUCCAAACAACUACACUCGUCCCCACCAUCUCUAUUUCUAGGCACUCCCCCAUUGUCCCGCCACGACACUAAUUCCCUUCCCUUCUGUUCUAUCCACGUUAAUAUAGUAUCUACAUUUAACUUCGUCCCACCUCCUCGAGAAAAGAUCAUGGGAGGUAUCCACUUAUCUACACUAUUUCCCACUCUUACACCCCACAAUGCUCCUCCCAACUCCUACACUCCCAACUCUUCCUCUCUCCCUCUAAGUCCCAACUCCUCAGAAGAUGGAUACCAAAGAGGCCGCGGAACAGCUGAAGACGAAUUUAGACCAUUUUGUCGAACCAGAUGGAACCGGCACCGGCACUGAUGCAGUAUCUCAAGGACCAUGGUGGUUACAUUAAGGCUUCAUGUUUUCGUGAAGAUCAAGAUUCCUUCUUUUUCAUCUCACUUUAUUGAUUCCUUCAUUUUAUUCAUCUACUUACUUCAGAAGAUGAAGAUGGAAGCAUCUUUUACUUUUUAUUUCUCUUUCAAAGAGACGUCGUUUCAGGAGCAGAGAAAAAGAUGUGAAAGAUCACUCUGAAGGCUCUAAUCACGGCAUAAGAACAAGACCUCCACUGGCCACCGUCGACAUGGAAAUUGGCAAGGCAGCUAUGGAGAUGGGAACGCUACUUCGUCACGGUAUUUGUGCUCUUAAUAUUUUUCAUCACGGACUUGCUUCUAAGGUGAGAUAACACUAGAUAGAACUAGAAGUCAACAUGAGCAGUGGGGAGUACGUCGUAGUCUUGCAAAAAAUAGUUCAGAACUUUUUACCACUACAAGCAGGGACUUCAUCUAAAAUAAGCUUUUCUCAUCUUCAGAGUAAGAAAAAAUUUUUUAUGUUUUUCCAACAUUACAACAACAACAGUAUAACAGAACAAGCAACAAUGAUACACAGUAAUGUGGUAAUAGCAUUACAAGGAUAUUACAGCAAUAUAACAGUAUAACAAAGCUUUGCAUUACAAUGCUACAACAGUAGAACAGUAUAGCAGUUGUUUCGUAGUACCUUGUAAAGACAUUACCAAAGAUCAACUACGAACAAACCUGUUCUUCCAUCAUUACUACAACAACUACAGCACUCCCGCCGGCAAUGAUUGGCCGCGAGCCCCAGGCGCUUCUUACACUCCAGGAGGCUACGGAGGUGGCUAUACUCCAGGUGGAGCAGUCAGCGGAGAGGAUCAUCAAAUGAGUAUGACGCCAGCUGGAGACCUACUAGGCCUAAACGAAGAAGAUGAGGCAGAAGAGGAAGAAAUCAUUACCAAAGAGCAAGAAGAGGAAAUGAGAAGGAAGGCGAGAAAACAAACAAAUAAGGUGGAUAUGGAAGAGAUCUAGUGGGAUAUGGAAGAGAUCUAGAAGUCGUGGUCAAGGUCAGACAACCUUGCACUAGGAUUAGCAUCGUUUAACGUGACUCAUAAAGGGGGUUCCUUUAGUUACUUCUCAAUUUUUUAUGACAAAAAUGACAAACAGAAACAGACUUGUUAUUGUUAAUAAUAAGCUCACCAGCAUCAUCUAAUAUUACAUAGGUAGAAUAGAACACUCUUCGAGGUGAUACUGCCAUGAAGACUUGCCUCGUCCCUUCACUCCAUUUAUCAUUGUCAACUUAAGAGUAAGAUAGUGAUGGGGAGCCGAAAAACAAUACUAACCGACGUAUGAAGACGACCAUGACCAACAACCAGUUUAUUAGCAAUCCGAAACAAACUUAGCAAAAAGAUGAGUUUAUUUAGCGAUAUGAUAUUAAUGAGUAAACGAGGAUAAUAUGUACGGUGGAGACCCUAUGAUUUUUUUGACAAAACGGAUAACGAUAUUUAAGAAUGUUGAUGCAAUCAGACUCAACCUCGUCAACGCGACAUUUUGAUUAUGCGACGGACUUAUCAAAAAUGAUUGAUGCAUCUUCACCCCCGAACAACACGGUAGCAUAAUGAGACGACCUGUGCAUCCUCGAACAUUUUUCAGCUUCCUCCCAAGAAAAAACGACAAAAAGAAGCAAUGGAUGGGCCUGGUGCCAAUACUAGGG